AUGGCAGGGCACGGUGCCAGCCUGCUCCUGCUGCUCGGGCUUCUGCCAGCUCUCCUGGUGGCCGUCAGGAUCAAUGGCCACCAGGGCCGCGAGGUCCUGUACCUGGCCAAGGGCGACUCGGUCAAGCUGGGCUGUCCCUACGUGCUGGAGCCCGAGGACGUGGGGCCGCAGGGCGUGGGCAUCGAGUGGAUCCAGAUCACGCCCGAGAGACCCGGCCCCGAGAACGUGUUCCUGUCCUACCACGACCACCACGUGAACUACGGCAGCUCAGGGCUGCAGGACCGCGUGGCCUUCGUGCAGACGGACCCGGGCCAGCGUGACGCCUCCAUCCGCGUGGCCGACCUGCAGGAGAGCGACACCGGCACCUACCAGUGCCGCGUCAAGAAGAACACGGUGGCCGUGCACGAGGUCAUCGUCACUGUGCAAGAGAAGCCGGCGGCCCCGCAGUGCUGGAGCGAGGGGGAGCUGCUCGAGGGGGGCUCGGUGCUGCUGCGCUGCUUCAGCCGCGGCGGGGCCGCGCCGCUCUCCUACCAGUGGGCAAAGCUGGCAGAGGGCUACGGCGGGGGGCGCCUGCCCGCGGGCACCCUGCAAGUCUCUGCGGGGCGCGGGUGGCACCUUGGUGACAGUGCCACCCGUGCCGUGCCAGGCCGUGCUCCGGGUGACCUGGUGAUCCGCAGCCUGACCGUGGCACACGCUGGCACCUACCAGUGCCGGGUCAGCAACCGCGUGGGCUACUCGGUGUGCCAGCUGAGCCUGAACCCCGGGCCCCGCGGGCGCCAGGCUGGCAUCAUCGUGGGCUCCAUCCUGGGCUCCCUGCUCCUGCUCAGCCUCCUGGGGCUGCUGAUCUGGGCACUGAUCGCCCGCUACCAGCGCAAGGAGUGCCAGCGCGCCUGCAGCGACUGCAGCCCCCCGACCCCGUUCAUCGCCGACGCCCGCGGCCACCUCCUGCCGGGGGUGCCGCGCUCCCAGGUGUCGCCGUGGGGGACGUUCCUGGGGACGUGGGACAUGCCGGCCCGCAUCCCCCCGGCCCGCUGGGACCGCAGCGCCCGCUCGGCCGCCGCCGCCGCCCGCCUGGCCCGGUACCGGCACCGCGAGCUGCGGGCGGCCUGCAACGGCGUCCAGACACGGGUCACCGGCAAGCUGCAGAAACCCUGGGACACGGAACCUUCCGGAAAGGAGCUGGGGGGUCCCAGCGGGGGCUCCCCCCACAGCCCUGAGACCCCAGACCCUGGGGACAUCCCUGAGGGGGGACCCUGUCCCCAAAAUCUCUCCGAGUGGGGACCCUGUCCCCUAAAUACCCCCGAGUGGGGACCCUGUCCCCUAAAUCCCCCUGAGGGGGGAUCCUGUCCCCAAAAUCUCUCCGAGUGGGGACCCUGUCCCCUAAAUCCCCCCAAAAUCCCCCCGGGCGGGGACCCUGUCCCCUAA